AUGCUUGGUGCUCAUGUGAUAGCAACACCAUGGCCCACGGCACCCCUUACUCUUGAUUCUUCUUUGUCUUCGAUUCGCUAUGUAGUCAAUCUUGCUUGGGGCUAUCAUACUGUCGUAGACCGUUGGGAAGCAUGGCUUCAUGCUUGGCCAAACGACGUGAUAUUGAUAAAUUCUCCAUCACUUCUUCUAUGGAAUACUCACAAAACAUAUUUGAAAGAAUUGAAGAAGGCUGGUAUUCCAAUCGUUCCAACACUAUAUGCCGAGGAAAUCGAUGAAAAAACACUGAUCGAUGCUGCAGCACAUUUUGAUACUACUGACCUUAUCGUCAAACCUCAAGUGUCAGCAUCUAGUUUUAAUAUGUUACGCGUUUUGGUUGGCAGUUCGGACUUUGCUUCAUCACCAAGUAAAAUAAAAGAGAAAACAUGA